AUGAAUAGCUUCAGGAUCACGUCGACUUUGACUUACCACAAUAAAGUACGAGCAUGUGCAGAAAAGUAUCGAUACGCUGCCAAGUCGAGCUGUGCUUUGCUACCUGGCAUCGCAACUGGCACUUCUAUCCGCAACAUUAAAGCAGUCGAGAACCUAGUCGUAUUCGGCGAUAGCUACUCUGACGAAGGUAGAUUGGCAUACUUCCAGGCUCACAAUGGCACUGCACCACCGGCAGGUACCGUCAUCCCCACGGCGAAUAUGACUGCCAGUGGCGGUUAUACAUGGCCUCACUUUGCUUCGCAGCAGCUCGGUGCCACGACGUACAACUAUGCAGUUAGCGGCGCCGCUUGUUCUAACGAGAUAAUAUAUCGUUAUCUCGAAUCUAUUAAUGGACCUUUCCCGUCUGUUAUCGACUAUCAGAUACCUGCAUUCCUGGCAGACGUAGAGUACGCCUCAGGCGAGGGCAACGGCACCUUUUUUCCCAAUAGGAAACCGUAUAACACUGUCUAUGCUCUUUGGAUAGGUACUAACGAUCUAGGGGUCAACGCAUUUCUCACGGACUCUCAGCAACCCGGAACAACCAUUUCGAACUUCACCGACUGCAUCUGGUCCGUGUUCGACGCCAUAUACACAGCAGGAGGCCGACGUUUUGUAUUAUUUAACGAAGCACCUCUGGACAAGUCACCGCUUUACGCUUCGCCCCGGAAUGGAGGAGUCGGCGAUAAUCAGUAUUGGUCAAAUAAAACAGCCUACAAUACAACCGAAACCGAGCAAAGGAUGCUCGAAUACACGACCAGCGCGAAUACGAUAUUCUCAUACGGCGUACCUUUCCAGCUUCUCGUACAAGCCAGGUGGCCCGAUGCCUCCUUUAGCAUCCUAAACAUCCACCAACUCUUCUUGGAUAUCUACAACAACCCUUCAACGUAUCUAGAUGCACCCGCAAACUCCACCGCGCCAUAUCACGAAUGUUCCGCUACGGCAUCAAAGAUUUUUCAAAUAUUAAUUUUGACAGACGAGGUUAUUGCCGCGGAAUUUGUAAACCUACUCCAACAGACCUCAGAAUGGUAUGUAACGUUACAACAUCCAAUCCCAUUCAAGUCUAACUGGUUAUAG